CCGAGACUAUACCUACUUCGGACUUGUGUUCAUACCCACCAUCUCUCUCUAUAUAUACCAUAGAGUUAAACCAUUCACUCAUAUCACUUCCAUAACCUCAAUGGCUCCAAACAGGCUUACACCCAUAUGUUUCCUUGCAUGCUUAUGGUGUUUUGGGGUGUUUUCGAGGUCCAUUUCGGGUGAAGAGGUUAAGUACAAUUGGGAAGUGAAGUACAUGAAAGGCGCACCAGAUUGCAUGGAAAAAGAUUUCAUCAUCGGCAUUAAUGGUCAGUUCCCUGGUCCGACAAUCAAAGCUCGAGCUGGAGACAACGUUGUUGUUAAUCUCACAAACAAGCUUGAUAAGGAUGGAGUUGUUAUCCAUUGGCAUGGUAUUAGACAGUUGAAAACACCAUGGGCGGAUGGAACUGCAGCCAUAUCACAAUGUCCGAUAAAAUCUGGAGACACGUUUACAUACAACUUCACAGUUGAUAAGGCGGGUACGUACUUUUACCAUGGACAUUUGGGGAUGCAAAGAUCAGCGGGGUUAUAUGGAAUGUUGAUAGUCGACGUUGAGGAGGGAAAGAAGGAAGCUUUUCAUUAUGAUGGGGAGUUUAGCCUCCUGCUAAGUGAUUGGUGGCAUAAAGGUAUUGAAGAACAAGAGGAAGAUCUCAAUGCCAAACCUAUGCGUUGGAUAGGUGAAGCUCAGAGUGUGCUAAUAAAUGGAAGAGGGCAAUUCACCUGUUCAUUAGCAGUGCCCCCUAAUAGCAAAGACUCUAAGGGUUUACCAGGGUGCAAGUUCACCGGAAAAGAACAGUGCGCACCUAACAUCCUCGACGUCGAGCCAGGGAAGACAUACAGGCUGAGAGUCGCAAGCACUACUGCCUUAGCUUCACUCAAUGUCGCCAUUGAGAGCCACAACAUGUUGAUGGUGGAAGCUGAUGGGAACUACCUCAAGCCAUUUUUGGUCAAGGACUUUGACAUAUACUCCGGUGAAAGCUACUCAGUAAUAUUCAAUACACAUAAACAUUCUUCCCAUAAUUACUGGAUUUCGGUGGGUGUAAGAGGAAGAGACCCGACAAAAACCGCUAGAGGCUUAGCCUUAUUACACUACACAUCCGCCAAGGUGUCGAAACGUCCUAAGCAUCAUCCUCCCACAACCCCUCGAUGGAACGACUACGCUCAUAGUAAAUCAUUCACUUACAAGCUUCUUGCACAUCCAGGAUCACCGAAGCCUCCAGCCAAUUACGAUCAUCGAAUCUUCCUCCUCAAUACUCAAAAUUUCAUGGAAGGUCAAACCAAAUGGGCUAUCAACAAUGUGUCACUUAAGUUAACGGAAACACCUUACUUAGGUUCAAUAAGAUAUGGUUUAACUAAUGCGUUUGACCAAAUAAGUCCACCGGAAACAUUCAGUGACACAUAUGAUAUAACUAAGCCCCCACCGAAUCCCAACUGCACGAUUAGCAGUGGGGUUUAUAAUCUUAAUUUUGGCAAGACUUAUGACGUGAUAUUACAAAAUGCGAAUUUAAUACAGGAAGGUGUUAGUGAGAUACAUCCAUGGCACCUUCAUGGGCAUGACUUUUGGGUGUUGGGGUAUGGAGAUGGGAAGUUUUCCAAGAAAGAUGAAAAGAAACUGAAUUUGGUAAACCCGCCAUUGAGGAACACUGUAGUUAUAUUUCCUCAUGGGUGGACAGCGAUAAGAUUCAUGACUGAUAAUCCAGGUGUGUGGGCAUUUCAUUGUCAUAUAGAGCCUCAUUUGCAUAUGGGAAUGGGUGUGAUUUUCGCAGAAGGGGUUCAUCUUGUGCGGAAGAUACCAGAUGAGGCUCUUUCUUGUGGCUUGACAGGGUACGUGUCUUGGGGGAUGUAA